CUCUCACAAACCCAAUAAAUUUCAUGUGCAACAUGUUGUUUAGCGUUCUGCUCACUCCUACCUCUCCUAUGAUAAGUCCAUUCUCUUUCUUAGUAACUUGAUUUACCUUCAAAAGCCUAUGAAGAGCUAUGGGGAUAGAUGAAAUCCUCCUAUGCCAUCACUUUGUAGUCAUUUGAUUUCAACCUUGUCAUGGGAUAUAUAUAUAUAAAAACUUGUGUAACUUCCGAGUUUGAAAGUACAAUUCCAAGUAUUGGGAGAGCUCACUCCAUAUCAAAUGGAUUAUGAACCUCCAUUUUUAGAGUUCUACAAGCCCCUCCUUCUACAAGGCUCGCACAGUGUUGAUGUUGGCAUCAGUGGCAGUGGCAUAAUUAGAAAUGACAAAUCGGAGUGGCGUGAGCUUCCUCUGAUUGAUCUUGGCCAGUUAAGUCUCGGCCACGUCGAGAGGGAGGAUUGCAUGAGAGAAAUCUGUGAAGCCGCCAGAACGUGGGGUUUUUUCCAGGUUGUGAAUCAUGGGGUUUCACAAGAGCUUCUGCAGAGUUUGCGGCAUGAGCAAGUUGAAGUGUUCCGCACCCCUUUUGCAAGAAAGUCCAGAGAGAGUUUCUUGAACUUACCAGCUGCCAGAAGUUACAGGUGGGGCAACCCAUCUGCCACAAACUUGAGGCAAAUUUCAUGGUCAGAAGCCUUCCACAUGUUUCUUCCAGAUAUAGCUAGAAUGGACCAGCACCAAAGCCUGAGAUCAACUAUUGAAGCUUUUGCAUCAGUAGUUUCCCCCCUGGCAGAAAGCUUAGUGCAAAUUCUAGUUCAGAAACUGAACAUCAAAUUCAGCUACUUCCGAGAGAAUUGUUCAGCAAACACUAGCUUUCUUCGCCUGAACAGAUAUCCACCAUGUCCAAUAUUCCAUUCAAGGGUGUUUGGCCUCUUACCUCACACUGACUCUAGUUUCCUCACUAUAGUGAACCAGGACCAGAUUGGGGGGUUGCAAAUAAUGAAAGAUGGAAAUUGGUUUGGUGUCAAACCUAACCCCCAAGCUCUGGUUGUUAAUAUUGGUGAUUUACUCCAGGCACUGAGCAAUGACAUUUACAUAAGUGCUAAGCACCGGGUUGUGGCAGCUGAAAAGGUGGAGAGGUUCUCUGUGGCAUAUUUCUAUAACCCUUCGAAAGAUGCAUUGAUAGAGAGCCACAUCAUGCCACCAAUGUACAGGAAGUUUACUUUUGGAGAGUACAGAAGGCAGAUAGAGAAAGAUGUUAAGGAAACAGGUGAUAAAGUGGGGCUCUCUAGGUUUCUCUUGUAGUAACAAUUAAUGACACCCCAAGUAUCAGGACCACAUUAGCUGCUCAGAAAGUUGUCCUUCCCAAUCACAAUUCGACAAGUUGAUGUUUCUUCUCCAGGUUUAAUCAUCACAUUUUGAGCUUAUCAUUCGGUACUUUUUGUUCCAAGGUUGAGGUUAGUGAUCGAGCACUAAUUACUAGUACAUGAUAAGAAUGAAAUAUAUGCAUGUGUAAAAAGGUUUAAAUGUUUAAGACAAAAAAAAUAUGAAUAUUUUUAGUUUUUAGUUUUUAUU